AUGUGCCCACGCACCGCCUCUCUUGACGCCCCUGCUCUUCCCGCGCAUUAUCUUUGGCAAGGCAAAGGUCCAGCCUCACGGAGGAAAGGGAAUAGAAGGGAGCCAUACACCCACACAGAAAGACAAAGUAUGCCUUCCGGUAACGGUUGCCGUGCCACUCAGAGUGAUGCGCGGGAGCAGGGCGCCGCAGACUCGGCGGAGGGCCUGAAAGAGCACGAGGAAUCCGAAAAAACUGUGGAGUUCACGUAUUUAAUGCGCGGAUGUCCGGUGAGGGUGCAGCUCCCGGUGCGGAAGGUGGACAAGGCACACCGCCAAGGCGAAUAG